GUAAUUUUUAAAAUUUAGUGUUUACUAUUUAAUAUUUCUUAAUAAUUCGACAAGAUUAUAAUAUUUUCUAACAUUAAGCCAUGCCGUUUAUGAAAGGUGCAGCUCCGAUACGAAGAACCAUUCAGUAUUUGGAAGCUGGUAAGAUUGUUUUAAAAGACCGAAUAAAAAUAUUCUCCGUUCACUACAACACAUUGGGUGAAAAUCAUCGUGGCACCAGAGAGUUUGUAUUUUGGCACAUCCCUCAAAUACAGUUUAAAAAUCCUGAUGUGCAAGUACUGACUCUGAAGAACAUGACACCAACACCGUUUAUUAGGUGUUUCAUGAGUGACGGCAAAGACAUGCUGAUUGAUGUUGAUAACCGUGACAAAGAUCGAAUUCAUGAUCAUAUUUUACAAGUGCUCGGAAAACCAAAAGAAACACUUGAUAUGGAAGCCAUGGCUAGAGAGAAAAAAGAUAAUCCUGCCAACUUUGGAUAUAUGUGUGAUAAACAUUGUAUGUGUGAAAUUUUGGGACAAGUCCCAUGUCCAGCAGUUGUACCAUUGCCAAAAUCUUGGCGAGGAAAAUUCAAAAAUGAAGAGUUAUAGUUUGUAUCAUUCAAUUUUUGUAAAUACUUUUUUCAUUCAAUUAAGAUAUAGUCAUAAUAUAAAUGAGAAUCUUCUUGUUAAUUA